UAAAUCGACUAUCGACAUAACAUAACCUAAAAACUGUACCGGUUCUCCAAAGUAAAUUGUUUAAUAGGGUUUAUUCUCUCUAUAUUUGGGGAAAAGUUUUCUAUUUUCAAUUGGUUCUUAUUAAAAAUGUAUAUCUAAUUCAUUCUAAAAUAUAUUCUCAUCAUUCUAUUGUUAUUAAAUUUUACUGUUUGUCGUUUGACAAAAUACACAUAGCCUAAACAUAACCUCUAUCAUAGCUAGCUAAAUAAUUCUUGACUUUUCUUUAAUUCUGCAGAAAUAACACGCGACAUCCCAUAUUAGUACUCUUUGAAAUAAUACAUUUUUUAAUAAUGGUAUUUGCUUGUCAAAAGGAUAGCUUUUUGAAGCAGUUUGAUUCCACGGUUGUUUCUUGCAAAGAGAGACAGUUGAAGACAGUGAUUGAUGGAAAGAAAGUAUCACUGAGUGGUUAUGAUGUUAUUCUGGACGACACAAUACUUUUCCCAGAAGGUGGUGGUCAGCCUUGUGACCAUGGAAAAAUCAAUGAAAUUCGCAUUGAGAAUGUGAAAAGAGAAGGGGCGAUAGCAGUUCAUUUUUCAGAAAGUCCUUUCAAGGAAGGAGAAUGUGUGACAAUGCAGAUAGACUGGGACAGAAGAUUCGACCACAUGCAACAACAUUCAGGACAACAUCUAAUUACUGCCGUUGCUGACAGAGAAUUCGGGUUUUCUACGACAUCUUGGUGGUUGGGGAAAGAAAUAUCACAUAUUGAAUUGGAUACGCCUACAAUGAAAAAUGAGGAAGUGCAAAAACUGGAAGAGCUUGUGAAUGAAUAUAUAAGGAAUGCUACACCAGUCACCGUUAAUACUUACGGAGAAGAAAAUCCAAUACCCAAAGAGGUGAGAACAAGAGGCCUACCAGAAGACCACGUGGGUGAUGUGAGGGUGGUAACAAUCGAGGGCCUCGAAAACAAUAUGUGCUGUGGUACACAUGUUACCAAUCUGUCUCAACUUCAGGUUAUAAAACUGGUUCGAGUCGAGAAGGGAAAGAAAGGGAAGGUGAACUUGGAGUUCUUGGUUGGCAGCAGAGUUCUAAAACAGAUGGCAGCCAUGUAUGACAGAGAGCAGGCGAUUUCAAACCUACUGAAGAACUCACCAGCUGGGCAUGUUGAACAAGUGGAUAAACUGCAAAAGUCUCUCAAAGUUGCAAAUAAGAAUUUGCAAACUGUUUUGAAAGACUUGGCUGCCUAUACCGCGAGAGAACUUUUAUCUCAAUCGCCGAGGCCUAAAUAUUAUUGCUUACACAGGAAAGAAGCCGACCCCGAUUUCAUGAGUAUAUUCAUCAAUGAAGUCAACAAUCAGGACAUCCUUCUCUUCCUCACCAUUGGAGACGAAUUGGGAGCUGGUCAGUUGGUUUUGCAUGGAGCUCCAGAAAUCGUUUCUCAACUUGGACCUCAAAUUUGCGAGGUUUUAGAAGGAAAGGGUGCUGGCAAAGGCCCGAAGUAUCAAGCCAAAGUUAAAAGUCUAAAACUGAGAAACAAAGCUAUUGAACUGAUUGAAAAGUAUUUCGAAUGAGAAUAAAAAAUGUUUGUAGAAUAAAUAAUAUGUCAAGUUCUACCA